GUGGCUAUUUCGUAAUUAAGUACCUUAAAGAGGGGCAAAAAGUGAAGGAGAAACCUAUGAAAAAUGGCGACUGUUUAAGAAGCACACGAAGACAAUCCGAAAGCUGACCACAAAGUUUUCGACUUUGCAAUUUAGAUAAAUCUUUCUAUCCAUUUACACAACAACAAAAAUUAAGGGCUCUCAAUUUCGAAUUCUGCUUCAGUGUUUUCCGGCGAAAAAAACGAAUCUUUAAUGGCGAAGAAAGGAGGAGCAACGCUAGCUGAGGAUGCACCGUGGCGAGUUUCGUCAGGAAGACCAGUGCCAAAGAUCAGUCGCUCUCCGGUUUUAUCUAUCUCUCAAAACCCAGAAUCCGAUUACGCCAUUUCCGUCAUGAAGCAUCCGAAUCCAGUGGGAGGUGGGUUUGCUAUGGAAGCUGUACUUGAAUCUGCAGGACCUGAAUGCGUUGUUCCUGGCCAAGUCACACCUCUUCGGUUACUUGGUGUUAAGGUGUGGCCAGUUGAAGUUGAUCUUAAAUUCUUGGAACCAGUGGGAAAAGAGCUGAAAAUGCUUGGGAAGUUCAUGGACAACGCCGUCGAGCUGAUGAAUAAGUCCUUCAUUGACCGCUAAGCACUAUGGAUAAACGGUUAUAUACUUGUCAAGGUUCUAAACCUGGAGUUUUGGAACUGCGGAAGAUCUGUCUAGUCGCCAGAACUUGUUAGUGGCAGAGAGAUCUGAUAUGAGCAAGUGGAAUAUGGUGUGCGUGUGUUUGUAUAGAGGAUUUUUACAGACAAAAUCUAUAUACUAUCAAAUCAUUAAUUUGAAUGACAGUUUUAAAAAUGUCUUUAAAGGUUUAUCUCUCCAA